UUUGGAAUAAAUAAAGUAUCAUUAGGUUUGAUUUUUUUUAUAUAAAAAAGUAGCUAAUAACAGUUGAAUGAUUAAAUAGAUAGUUUAAAAUUGUUCUAAUUUAAUCCAAAACAUUGCUGUCCUUCGUAAUCGACAAUGUUGCAUGUUAAGAGGGAACAUACCAAUUUAUCCACAAGGAAAGUGUAAAGUGGACCUCAAAGUCUCUGGAAAAACUAGCUAAUGUACAUGACAAAACUGGAUAGACAUUUCCAUCAUAAACUCAUAACCCAUGGUUAAUGAUUAAUUAGCCCUCUGAUUUCACUAUUCACUAACACUACUUAUCAGAUUCAGAGCCAAAGAGCUCCGGCCUCCUUGAGCAGUGGCACCAAAGUCCCAUUAAUAUGUGAAGCCAUGACUCUGUCCAUGGCACCAAUCAGCUUCCCACCCAUUCCACAGAAGAGGCGCUUCGCAGCAUGGCACAUCCAACAGCUGCUAACGCUGAAUAUCACCACCGCGCUCUCCGACGCCAGCUGCGCCACUCUCUCGAUGGGGGUCCGACUCGAUGCUCCUCAGGCUCAGGCUCAUCGGCAGAGAGAAACGCAGAUGGUGGUGGAGCUUAGGGGAAGGCGUUUGAGGGAGUGGCGGCAUUUUAUAAGGACCACGACCACAACCACGACCCGAGACGAGACGAGACGGACUGCGGCGGCGGCGCACCCUUUCCAUUCAAGCAAAAACCGAAAGGUUCUUUGGGAUAGACGGCUUGGUUUGGUGCUGCUUGUGGGGUGGCCUUCGAGUUUGAUGAGAUUUACACUUUUUGUUGGUGACAAGACCCGACCCCUGCGCGCAUGUUUUGCCCUUUGUCUUCUUGGAACAGUCGAACAUGGUGAUGUGUUGGGUCUUGGAGAUGAUGAAUUCAUCAUCCAGCUUGUAUUUUUGACCUCCUUUUUGCCCUAA